AUGGACAGCUCCUCGCCUUCCGUCCUUACCGAUGAAAAAUACCCCCCGCGGGGGCCCCUUCUCGAGCGUCGCCAGCAGUUGAGCGAUGCCCUGGCUGCAUCCCCCUACGACUUGAUCUUGUACCUGGAGCGAGCCGUUGUUUACUCCAACCUCGCCUACCCCGAUCUGGCCGCCGGCGAUGCCUACCGGGCCCUCCUUUUGGCCGACGAAGUACGCGACGAGAGCUUCGAGUACCAUGAGAGAGCUCGCGAGGUUCUGCAGCGCUACUCGACGACCCCCUGUCCCGAGGUGCUGAACCAUGGCUCACUUAUCGAGGACCUUGAUCGGCUGGCUGAUGAUGAGCGCGCGGAGGCGGCGGCGCCUUGCAUCCGGCUCGCCAAUCUUGCCUCCGUACGGUGCUUUCAAAUUCUCUCCCUCAGUCUCCUGCUAUGUGGCUGUCUACGGAGCGCGCUCAGUUUUUGCGAAAGGGGCCUCAGUCAGGUGCCCCACAACAAGGAGCUUUUAGAAAUUAGAGGCUACAUCGAGCAGGUCGCCAGGAGGAGGCUGCGGAGGGGGCCGGACGAGCCGAUCGAUAUCAGCAGCCUACCUGACCGUGGCGUAGUCCGCCGGGAGGUGUACCCCUGGAAUACGUACGAGCCGGACCGCUUCUCCGAGCAAUCGCUGUCGUAUCUCAACCAGCAACUCUCCGAGGUCGCCCCCAAGUGUGAAGUCAGGGUCUCCAAUCUCCCUGUUUUGCUCGACGGCGAGAGCAACACCGACGGUUACGAGAUCGUCCCGACCUGCAAGCAGCUGGGCCUCUUUGCCAAGGAAGACAUUGCGCCGGGCGAGACCGUCCUGAGAGAAUAUUCGCUCCUGACCGCCAACAACCGCCACAAGGAAUCGACUUGUGACGCCUGUGGCACCGAGCUGCCCCCUCUGGGCAGCAAUUCCACGGCCGUGAGCUGCCCGGACUGCUACGACACAAUAUUCUGCGACGAGUUCUGCUUCAAGAAGGCCCAGGAACUGUACCACCCUGCUGUUUGCGACAAAGAUGUCGACUCCAUCGCAAAGGACCCCGACGCCAACGACAUUGACCAGUCUCUGUACCUCUUGCUCCUGGCGCGCCUCCUUGCCAUGUCGAUACAUCAGGAGAUCCACCCGCUGGAGGUGCCGGAGAUCAAGUACAUCUGGGGCGACUUCGUGUCUCCCGCUCUGAACGAUGUCGACGGCUCCGUCACCGCCGAGCCCCCACCGGAGUGGACGCUGCCCUUCUCGUUCAAAUACAACAUCGAAAUACCACUUCACAUCCUCGAGAAGAUGGACGUCGACAUCUACGCGACCCUCGAGGAGCACGAUCUCUGGGUGUUCAACACGGCUUACAGCAAGUUCCGUGGCACUGCCUCGGCGAGGAAGAACCCGCGGGACGGCCGCCCCGACGUCGCGGCCGUCCAUCCCUUCUGGUGCCUCGCGAACCACGACUGCGAUCCCAACGUCACCUGGGAGUGGGGCGGCCGGAUGGUGCUAUGGGAGCGCCAAACCCGCGUCGUUGGCAACCGACCCGGCGGCAUCAAGGCCGGCGAGGAGAUCCUGAACCACUACUGCGAUGUGGAUCUCCCCGUGCAGCAGCGGCGAGAAUGGGCGCAAGGCAGUCUCGGCGGUUGGUGCAUGUGCCAGCGGUGUCGAGAUGAAAAGGCAAAACUCACAGAUCAUACGGACGUGGCGGAUGGGGUCAGCGGAGUGAAUGAGGGGCGCGAGGUGGAUGGGGUGGAUGGUGAGGGUGAUAUGCAACUUGAUCAGUAA